CGAAAGCUACAGCUAGCAUUAUUUGCUACCGUCCGAAUUUGUAUACACACCACCAACCCUAAACGCAAACUACAAUGCAGAAUCAAUGUGCCGCUCCUAACUGUACUAGUGUGAAAUCGGACUUGUAUUCGCUCUUCCGUUUUCCGCUUGACGCAGAAAGGUGUAAAAUGUGGUUGGAAAAAUGCCAGCGGGAAGAUCUAAAGGAGAAAUCACCAGAACAUCUCUUCAGAUACUACAGACUUUGUGCAAAGCAUUUUGAAACUUCUGAUGAUAGUAGUGAUCCAAUUACAGUGAUAAACGAUGACACCAUCCCAACUAUCUUUGAUGAAGCCAACAAACUUCAAAAUCCACAAAUAAAGCGCACUCAGGAGACGGAUGAAGACACAAAGACGAAGGGAAGAAAAAAAAUCAAAAAAUCUAAUGUUGAAGUGCACAAGGAGGAGGCAACGAUAACUUCAAAGGAAGAUGGAUACAAAGACUAUCUCAGGUCAUUAUUUGAAGCGCUUGUACUGUUAGGAGAGCAAAACAUUCCGGUGACCUGGUCCAGUACUAUUAAACAAGACACUAUCGGAUUAAACAACUUUGAGGCAUUGCUAGAGUAUCGCAUCAGUUGUGGAGAUGAAGGGCUGAAGAAGUAUGAUGUAAACAAAGAGGGCUGUUCAUCACGUCAUCUUAAACAGCUGAUUGAAGUGUGCGAGAGAUGCAUCCGGAGUAAAGUGAUGGAGGAAGUGAAAGAAAAUGGCUUUUUCUCACUGAUUACUGAUGAUCUGGUGAAGAUUCUGCAAGAGUGGUACCUCCCUGUGUUCCUGCGCUAUGUGGAUGACUCAAACUACCAGCGUGAGAGGUUUGUGGGCUUCUUGCCUUUUGAUGGAGAUGCAGAUGUUUUGUCGGAGAAACUGCUGUCUGAAAUGAUCGAUGAAUGGGGGUUGAACAUGGACCAGUGUAGAGGCCAAGCCCACUCGUGCUCCGGGACACACUUCGCUAAAAUAAAAGCGUUUGCUGCCAAACUGAUGGAGAAGUAUCCAAUGGCUAUGCUCACAUUUCAACCCACUCAAGCCUUGAACAUAUCACUAGCCAAUGAUAUGGCUUUGUCAGGGGUCCAGCUUGUCAUUUCCACCUUGAAGAAAAUCGAGUCUUUCUUUGACCAGUCCCCUUUACUGUGUCUGGAGUUGGAGCAUGCCAUCUCAGUUAUUUAUCCAGAAAAAGAGGAGAAGGCCAAAGAACUGAAGGAGACGUGUUGCACCAGCUGGACCCGAAGACACGAUGCAUUUGAGGUGACACUGGAGCUUCUUGAGGCUUUGCUGCUUUGUGUGGACAGCGUACAUGACAAUGAAGACUUGCGAUGGAGCGAUCAGAUCACAUAUGAUGCCUUGGAGAUCUCAAAAGCUCUGGCUGACUUUGAAUUCAUCAUGGCCUUGGUUGUGCUGAAAAACACCAUGAUACUUUUAAGGGCAUUUGCGAAGAACAUCCAAGGCGAAGCAACAGACAUCUAUUUUGCUGCUGGCAGCGUAAAAGCAGUGUUGCACUCUCUGAAGGAAGUGGCUGACAAUAUUGACGUAUAUCAUGAGUUCUGGACAGAAGAGGCGGUUAACCUUUCUGCCACAAUGGAGAUUCCAGUAGAACUUCCUCGGUCGCUCUUGAGGAAGCAUCAGUCUGACGUGGGAACACUUCAACCAGAGAAUUACUACAAGGAGCACCUGACUGUUCCUGUGGUGAACAAUACGCUCAAAGAAGUCGGUGAACUCUUCAGUGAUGACCACCUGAAAGCACUAAAAUGUUUGUCACUGGUCCCUGCUGUAAUAGAACAAAACAAGGCUUCCCAGCCUGAAGAAGAAAACAUGUUAGUGUUUAAAAAUGACAUCCCGAACGUAGGUUCCCUCACCGCCGAGCUGCAUUGUUGGUGGGUUAAAUGGAAUAAAAAAGGGAAAGGAGAAUCGUUGCCCUCCACUCUGCAGGAAACGUUGCAGCAGGCUGAUGUAAAGUUCUUCCCAAACAUGCUAGCAGUCCUGAGGCUACUGGGCAUCCUGCCUACUUUGGCUCUGGAUACCAGUUGUGAUGUGGCAUUCAAGCGCUUCAAGACAUACAUGCACAACACCCCUGACACUGCGAAAUCAAAGAGCCUGGCUCUUCUCAACAUAAACAAUGAUGUGGGAUAUGAUUUGGAUUCAAUGGUUGAUAUCUAUAUGAAGACUUACCCCAAUGGCGAAGAUGCUUGAUACUUUAGCUCUGUUAGGAAACUAUCUAGUUUUUAGGGACUGGCGCUUGAUGAAAUCAUUUCCAUAUGUUCUAGUCCAAGCACUCAGACUCAUGAAAUGUAAAUUGAAGAAGUCUUUCGGCUUUUCCCCAUCACGGGUCACCACUGCGAGUCACUCAUAUGAUUUGUUUGCCACAGUUUCAACUCAUUAAAACUAACAUACAAAUAUGCUACACCUUUGCUAUAUGUUUUAUAUCAUCAUGUCGCGUGUUAGGAAAACAAUUUUGACAGAAGCAUCUUGUGAAUAUCAGUCAAGAUUACAAUUGCUCCAAAUGACUACUGUGACUAUCCAUCAGUCAUCCAAAAUACAUAAUUAUGUUAGGUUUACAUUUUUUUUUUUUUUUUUUUAAAUGUUGGGACAACUACACAUUCUGUGAAAAUGUAAAUAAAGUGUUUCAGCUUU